AUGGACCCCUCCAAGCUGUCUCGAUCGCACACGCCGAGGACGAUCGUCCCGCAAGGCGACGCUUCGCGUGCGGUCGACGGUGACGAUUGGCGUAGUCGCGAUGACUACAAGCGCACGCUCACGACGCGGUACUUGGAGGACCAAGCGAUCGUGGAGGACGAUGGGUAUGUUCCGGCGAGCGAGUGCGCGGAGGAGGAGGAAGAGGAGAGCGAGCGAUGGAGCGAGCGGGCGAGCGACCGAGCCGACGAGGACAACGCAAAGGACGAGAAGAGCACGAUGCGAUUGACCGGGACGGCACGAAGCGGAGAGUGCCUCGAAGUGAUCGUUUGGGACCGAUUGGGGGCGGAGACAACGCUGAGGUGGCAGCGGGUGACCCCGCUGGGGGGAGUGGAGCUCGUGGAGAACGCGCGCGGGACGCGGUACGUGUGCCAAGACGUCGACGUCGGAUGCUUUCUGCGCGUCGUGCGGUACAACGGCCGCGAUCGGGAGAUGGAGACGCUGAUCACCGAUACGGCGGUCGUUGCGGUGGAGUAUCAGGAGGAGUCGCAACUGGAGAAGAGGAAGGAGGUUGUCUUGCCGGCAGUGCCGCUUGGCCCGGCGAGCGAGGCGCAUCGCUUGUACCUGCAGGGGAAGAUGCUGGAGGCGAGCUCGCGCGAUCACGCGCACGACAUUGAAAUGAGCGAAGAACAGGCGAAGGAGGCGCUGAAGUGCUACGUCCUCGCGGCGAAGGAUCGAUACAUGCCGGCAUAUUCAAGUAUCGGAAGGUUGUAUGAGCUAGGAAUCGGCGUGAAGGUCGAUUACGAGCAGGCUCGUGGAUGGUACAAAGAAGGCGUGAAAGAAGGCUGUGCGGUGUGCAACAAUAACCUUGGGUCCUUGGAAUACCUCGAGUUGGGGAUCGGCGCGGACAGAGAGCUUGCACCGAAGUAUUUCAAGGUCGCAGCGGAGAAAGGGAACCCGGCGGCGAUGAAUAAUCUCGCUGUGUGCUACGAGGAGGGCAUUGGUGUGGCUCAGGAUUUCCGGGAGGCGAAAAGGUACUAUGAAAUGGCGGUGAGGGGUGGCGUAAUGAGUGCUUUCGCAUCUCUGGGCUACGCUGAAAUCGUCAACGGUGACUUGGAGGAAGCGUUGGACGCGUUCCAUGCUGGCCUGGAGAGCGGCAGCCAAGAUGCUAAGGAUGGCAUCGAGCUUCUCUCUGCGAUCUCACUUACGCCUCAACCGAUGGCGUCAGUGGAGAGCACUCAGAAUGCGACCAUCGAUCUCCUACAGCUAGAGAUUGAUCAGUAUGCCGACCUCGCGACAAAGUUGUACGAUUUGAUCAUGAGCGGUCACGAUUCGUCGUUGAAGAGGCAGGCGAAGCAGCUCACGCAGGAGGCGUUUGCGUCGUAG